UUAAAAAACCUACCAAAGAAAGUUUAUAGAAGUUGUAAUGAAUUUUAGCGACGACCCACUGGCUGAUUUACUCAGUGAUAAUAGUUUGGACAAUGACAACUUCUUCGACGCGCCACCCGGCGGCAAUGCAAAAAAACUGCCCAAAUCCAACAAAGCCAAGACUAAACUGGAGGAUCUCUUUGGCAUAAAAGAGGAAUCGGAACCGGACGCCCAAAAUGCCACUGCAGCAAAACAAACUAAUGCCAAACCGUCUGCUUCGAGCACACCGCGCAUUGUCAAACAGAAGCCGACGCUAUCGAUGGACGAUGCCGACGAUGAUGACUUAGGAUUUGAUCCCAAGCGGCCAAAGAGCAGCGGUGGCGCCAGGAAAAACCUAUUCGACGAUUUGCUCGGGGCGGCAGAGCCUAAACGAAACAUUUUUGAUGAAAUUUUAAGCGGCAACGAGGCCGCACCCAAACGUCCCGCUACUGCAAAACCCUCAAUGUCCCGCCAGUCAACGGAUACAACGACGGACAACUCCAACGUGCACUCACAGGCGCGCCCUAAAACAGCAGCGGGCGCGGGCGCGGGCAGGCGCAGUUCAGCCUCUGUCCAAUCCGCCAAUCUCAACGCGGAUCCUUUGGGUCUAUUUGGUAGAGAGAAGGACACAAAUGCCACAGUUUCGGGUAUGUCAACGCCCGUGUCCAAGAAGCGCGGCACGGCUGACUGGCUAGGCUUGGCUGCAGCGCCCGCAGCUGCCGAGGGGGAGCUGGAACGUGCCGCCUCGCCACCAACGCCAAAGUUAACCAAAGAGCACCCACCAGCGCCAAAGAAUACCUCCGACAUGCUGCGCAUUCCCGACUCGGACGAGGCGGAGCACGAGCCGCAACAACAGCCAAGCACGCGGCCGACUGGGGACACCACAGUGCAAAAGAUCCUAUUGCUAAACAGCCUAAACUUGGAGAGCAACCACAGCUACAGUGCUCUGCAACAGCAGGAGACGCAGCUGACGAUCGCUGCCCAAAUGAAGGACCAGGAGCGCGCACUGCUCGAAAUGCAGCUGAAGCAGGAGACGCAGGAUCGCAAGUUUCAUGAGCUGCUGCAGCAGCAACUGCAGCGCCAGCAGCAAAUGGAGGAGCACAUCAAGGCGCAGCAGGAACGCAUCAAUAUGCAACUGCAGUUGAUGAUGAGUCAGCCCGUCUUGGUGCGUGCCGAGCGCCCAGAAUAUCUGCCAGCUGCUGCUGAAAUCAAAGCGAAAAUCCCAUCUGAUUCCGUGCCAGCCAAAGAUGACGGCAAGGAACAGCUGCUGCAGCUGGAAACAGAUGUAAAGCGUAAUUUACUCGAAAAGCAGCGACUUGAGGAGCUGGUGGCCAACAUGAGAGUCAACUACGAGCAGGAAAUCGAAAUGAUCGAGAGCUCCUAUAAAAAACAGCUGAAGGUAUUGGAGCAGCACUUGGCUGCUGUGGAGCAGCGCUUGAAGCUGGAGAACACCGAAAUUACAGAUUACUACUCCGGCAAGUUGGAUAAGCUCAAAGGCGACUAUGAUCUACAGAUCUCCAAUUUAAAGCAGGAUCAUGAGGACGAUUUGCGCAUGCUGCGCAGCUCGCAUGAGGCGGACAUGGAGCGCAUAAGGCAAGCCAAAAUACUGGAGCAGGCCACUGUGCAGGAUCAUGGCAGCUACUUGGAAACGCUGCGCAUGGCAUCCAGCGAUUUGCAAGAGCUGCGCGAGGGCCUGACCACGACCAAGGAGCGCGAACAGCAAUUGGAAUUGCGUGAACGCCGCCUGGCUGACGCGGAGCGCCGUCUAAGGAUCGACGAGGAGGGCGCCGAGCAAGAGAAGCGUCGUCUCAUGGAGCUAGUGAGCACGCUGGAGUUGCAGCUGGAACGCCUGUCCAAGGACUCCGCCGAGGAGAAUUGGCAGCUGCGUCAGCGCAUGGCCAGCAUCGAAUCUGAAAAGAAGGCAUUCGAGCGGGAGAAGCAGUUCCACCGCGAGCAAAUGGAGCGCGACGAGAAGCGAAUCGCGGAGCUAAAAAAUCUGCAGCUGGCCGAGGUUGAGCGCCUGCAGCUGGAUAUGCAGCAGGAGCGCACGCGCCUCCUAGUUGAGCAGCAGAAACUGGAGAUGCAGCACAAACUGCACGAGCAGGGCGACUUGAAUGCUGAGCGACUGGAGCUGGAGGCGCAGCUACAGGUGGCACGAGAUGCCAUUAAGCGAGCGGAUGAGCAGCAGGAGCGCUGUCACAAGCAGCAGCGAGAUCUGGAGCAGCGCAAGCGGGUGCUGCUGGAAAAAGAGAAUGCGCUCAACAUCAAGGAGGAUGAGGUGCUGCACACGUCCAGCGACUAUCGGCGGGCCAUCAAGCGUUUGCACGCUGCCGAGCACAAGGCUCGUGAGGCCGAGCAGCUGCUGCAUGCCAAGCUGCAGCUGCUGACCAACCGUGCACAGGAGCUCAGCGAGAAGGAGGCACAAAUCUCGCAGGAACGCAUGCUGCUUAGCCAAGAUCGCAUGACUCUGCACAAGAUAAAGCAGCAGAUUAGCCAAAGCAAGUGCGCCCUAUGCAAGAUGGGCGUCGAGAACGUGGAAUUCGCGCAACGCAUGGCUGGCCAGGGCAAAGGAAACCAAGGCACCAAGAAUGCAGCGACUCAGCCAGUGACACAGGGUCAGGUGCAGGUGCAGACUCAGUCGAGGUCUCAGCUGGAGAAUAGAAAUGUUAGUCAAACGGGAAUGCCUGUGGGCGAUAUUGUUGAGCGCAUGCUGGACGAAAACAUUGAGGCCUCCUAUCGCAGAAUGUACAAUUUGUCGGAUAAUGAAGAUUUGGACUAUUGGACAACAGUUGGGCUUGAUGACGAUUCCAAAAAAUUAGUCCUGGACAACGGCAAUAGUUUAGACAUCGAAGACUUAAUGUUGGCUAAUCUUAACCUGCACUGAAAACUUUUAAAAUAAAAGAAACACUAUUUCUAAAAUUGUAAAAUU